AUGUCCCAGAAGAGCUCACUCAGCACGACGGAAAGCCCUCUGUCACCGGUUUUUACAUCGCCAUUCCAAGCACGACCCCACAAUAACUCGGAUUGCUUCCCCCGAUCAGGCAGUGGCAACCGCGGUCUUCAACACAAAAGCUCUACAGCCACCUAUUCCACCGGGCCUUUGGAUCGUCCGACUACCUUCAGCUCCGAUUCGCCCAGCCUACGAUCGAAACGAAGCGAUAUUUCAUCGCCUUCGAGUAACAACCACCCAUCUCCGAGGGUGCAGUAUACCAUUCCUGAACAACAUUAUACGACCAUCAGGCCCGGCGACAUUGUCACAUGCGGUCCACACGGAGAGUACAGGGGUCAGUUCGUUGAAGGACGGACAUGUUCCCAGGGAAGAUCAUCUGUCAUGAGCUCUCCCUCCCGAGGCAGGCAUAGCCUGAGCUCACAAAGCCAACAGCCCUCCAUACUCGACGAAGCGUCGCCGCCUUGCCCUGGAGAGACCAUCCUGGACAGAGCCUUCCAGCUAGGACACAUUCCUGGAGCCGAAUCCUACGUUCCCGGACAGGAAAAGCUCAGCUCCAUUGCGAGGUUCGAUGCCCUGAUGCGCCAUGCCGAAGAGAAGCGACGCAAGCGCGACAAUGUCCAGCAGGCUACGCAAACCAUGACAAGUGGCCUUGGCCAGGACGACACCUCGGAUGACAACGGCACAGAUGCCGCCUCGAACGAUUCCGACUCCGACGCUAACAGCCACGCUCGCGGUCAGAACCUGGGCGAGCAACCCGGCCCACCUCUCAUGUCGCCCGCCGCUCAGCGGGCCCUGGCGUACAUCUCGGGCCGUCACGAUGGCGAGAGUCAGAGCCCAACGUCUCUUCGGCCUGGUGUGUCGAGAAACCACGUCAGCUUUCACGCAGACUGCGCGCGCACGUCCACCAUCAGCCUUCCGCCCUCACGUCCACACACGGCCCACGCCAAGAGUAGGCCCAAAGCCUCCCGAGCACAAUCCACAGCCCAAACCAUGCCCACAGCCACGACGGCACCGGCGCCGCCCUCGUCCGGGAAGGGCCACGACAGCGGACAACCUCGUUGUAGCACCAAGGCAGAGAAGCGACACUCCAACUCGAGUGUCAAGAGGUUGAGUUUCACCGAGCUUGCCAAGAGGCUUUCCAGCACCAGCAGCCUGCUGCUAGUCCAGACGAACGCGAGUGGAGGGAGCAGCCAUAUCAGCAGCGACGUCGACAGCCAGCCAUGCUCGUCCGCACCGCGCGCAAACCUGGCUCUCCGCGGGACCGCACCACCGCCAACGCGACCCAGGGACCGCGAGGACCAUGACAGAGACGGCAGACGGCGAGGCAGCGUUGGUGUGGUAGGUCCCGAAGAGGGCUCAAGCUUUCUCUCCAGCCCGAUGCCAGGCCCGGCCACGCGCCUCGUACUCCAGGCCACCAACUACCCGCCAUCUUCUUCUGCGUAA